UACUUACUAGAUGAGCGGAAUAGGAAUAACGAGAUCAUCAAAUGGGCUGGGAUUAUGAAUGAUGAAGCACGCACCUGGUGAUCUUCCAAUUUUUAUAAGCUGUGAUAUAUAAGUUUUGCAUGAUCUUGGCAGGGAACAUUUCCCAAGGUGGAAACACUGCAUAUGCAACACAAUGACAACAUGAAGCAGAUAUGGAGUGGGCGACGUCAUCCCAAGCUGACAUCCUUGUCAUCAGGGGUCCAUUUCACGAACAUUACAACUCUGAGAGUUGAGAAUUGUCGCUCUUUGAAGAACAUACUCACCCCAAACAUGGUGGCGGAACUCCCGGGCCUUGCAACACUUGAGAUUAGGGACUGUGAGAUUCUGGAGGCAGUGAUUGCAGAGGAGGAGAAAGCGAGAAAUCCUAUCACCAUCAGGCUUUUGAGAGAUAUAACUCUAGACUCCUUGCCCAUGUUGGUUAGCUUCUGCUCACAAAACUGCUUCACUGAAUAUCCAUCUUUGAUGAACGUGACCAUAAAAAACUGUCCUGAAAUGAGGGCAUUCACUUCUCCUCACCUGAAAGAGAAAGCAGCGGAUACGAUGGGUGAAAACAGUGAAGAAGCAUGCACAAAUAGUGGUGAUAUUGACAUCCCUUUCUUCAGUGAAAUGGUUCUUUUCCCUAGCUUGGAAAUACUGGUGCUUUCUGACCUGGACAGCUUGAGCGUGAUAUGGCAUGACUUACUCGCAGAGAAGUCAUUUGAUAAACUGAGGGACGUCAAGAUCUAUCAUUGUGGAAAGCUGAAGAGAAUAUUUUCGCCCAAAACUACUCUUGAAAGAUUCAGGAAUAUGAAGAAACUGAGUAUAGAUCAUUGUGGUUCACUGGAAGUACUGUUCGACAUCCGAGAGCAUCGUCAUGAUCCCGUAAUAAAGAUGCUGCUGAGAGAGCUGUCUUUGUUUAGUUUGCCAGAGCUAAUGAGCGUGUGGAAUGCGGAUAUUGAUGGAACCAUCAGCUUUGAAGACCUGAAGGAAGUGCGGGUCACUGGAUGUCCGAAACUCAAAAUUCCGACAGGAUUGCCCCUUGUACGGACUGAAUGAUGCAAAAGAAGGAGAAGGAGAAGGAGAAGGAGAAUGUGGGAGUUGCUCAUAUUUCUACUUUCUUGGAUUGCUGCUAUUGGGAAAAAGAUGACUAAUUUAUGUAUGGUUGUGAUGAAGGAACAAUUUGCUGUAGUCAACACAUGCAUCAUUUUGCUCAGUUUCUUCACUAUGCUAUCGGAUCAAAUUGUUGCAUGACCUGACUCGGCAUACUGAACAUGUAUACACCUUUAUGUUGAAUAUAAUGGCAUAUGGAAACAUUUUGUUAAUA